UGUUUAUUGCUAUUUGUUUAAGUGUCAGUGUUUUGUGAGUAAAUCACUCAAUUGGUAUAACGUUCAUGAUAGUCUAUCUGGAGGGCGGCAGUGCAGUUAGUUGUCAGCCCAAGGCUAUUUCCUUUACUAAAAGAGAAAUCAACAUGGAGGACCUAGCAGUGGAAGUUGUCGGCGAAAAUGGGGCCCUUUAUAAGGGCUUCAUUCUCGAUCUAUUCGAUGACGGAGUUCUUGUGGAUUUUGAGGAUGAUUGGCAACCUGAUUCAAAGUUUCCUUACGAACAAGUCAGGUUACCUCCCGUCGCCCCCGAAACCCCAGUCGAAUACACCAGAAACAUGGAAGUGGAAGUAUUUUCCCGAUCAAACAACCAAGAGGGAUACGGCUGGUGGAAAGCGACGAUUAAAAUGAUGAAAGGCGAUUUUUACGUGGUUGAAUACUUGGGUUGGGACAACACAUACACAGAGAUAGUUAAUACUGACCGGCUUAGGCAGAAAAACACCAACCCGCCCAUUGAAAAAAGCUUGUUUUAUAAAUUUGAAAUAGAAGUUCCUGAAGAUGUGCGAGACUAUUGCAAAAAGGACUCCCAUAAAGAAUUUGCAAAGGUCAUAGGCGCCGAUCGCAUAUUUUACAACGCAGAGAAAGGCGUUCUAGUUGUUAUUUCUAGAUGCGAAACUAGCCAAAAACGGGCAUCGUUGUUGCAAGACAUGCACUUCAGGGGACUGUCUCAGAAGGUCUUGUUGUUGAAGAGAACGGAAGAACUAGCAAGACAGUUGGAAAACACCAAGUUGGCUAAUAUAGGAGGUUGUUCUGAUGAAUUUAACGUAAAGGAAGAUUUAAUGGGAUUGGCUAUUGGGGCUCACGGUGUAAAUAUACAGCAAGCGAGAAAAGUGGAGGGCAUUACAAACAUCGAAUUAGAGGAAAAUUCCUGUACUUUUAAAAUUUACGGAGAAUCAGACGAGGCCGUCAGAAAAGCACGGUCCAUGUUAGAAUACAGCCAGGAAUCUUUACAAGUCCCCAGAGCUCUAGUGGGCAAAGUUAUUGGAAAGAACGGCAGAAUCAUACAGGAAAUUGUUGAUAAAAGCGGAGUGGUUCGGGUGAAAAUCGAGGGCGACAAUGAACCAGAACCAACAAUUCCUCGCGAGGAGGGACAGAUUCCUUUCGUUUUUGUCGGCACAGUAGAAAGCAUAUCCAAUGUCAAGAUCCUUCUGGAAUACCAUCUGGCCCAUCUGAAAGAAGUGGAACAACUGCGUCAAGAGAAACGGGACAUUGAUCAACAACUACGCAGCAUUCAUCAUGGUUCAAACCUGGGGUCGAUGCAGUCGCUUACAAUGAGCGGGCGUCGUUCUGAUCGGGGCCACAGCAGUGGAAUGGACGGAAGAGGCUACAGAGGGGAAAGAGGCGGACACCGUGGUAGGGGACGAGGCUCCAGACAAGGCGGAGAUCGUUAUGGCCAGGGUUCGCGUUAUCAGACUCCUGAUUCAGUAGACGAUCGUAUGUCGGAGUCAAGAAAGUAUAUGAGGUAUCGUUCUGCUAGAGGCUACGGCAGACGAGGAGACGAUAGGCGCAGAAACCACGACGAUGAAGAAACUGUUUUGGAUAGUCAGGAAGUGUCUAGUGUCGACAGAGAGUCGGUUUCAAGCCAUGAGGGCGGACGAUGGUCUGAAAGCGGAAGACCCGCAAGGAGAAGAAGAGGCGGGCCACGUAGGGAAGUUCGAGAAGGAUCCAGACAAAACGAUCAGGAUAAAAGCAAUGAUAAGAGCAACUUGAGCCCGCCAGUGGACAUUCAGUCUGAAGUACCAGAGGCACCACAACCAGUCACCACCAGCAGCACUAACGAGCCCAAACAGAACGGCGUAGCCGCUCCAAAUGUCAAUAGAAAACCCAAAUCCAUCAGGGCACAGCCCCGUUUCAGCGAACGUGGCGAAAAACCCAAGAAACCGAUGGUAAAUGGUGCCGUCGCUUAAUGUGACUGUGUCUAAAUUUCUGAGUGCUGCGACAACCUUUGCUAUAGAGACGAUCGUUUGAUGGAUGUUUAUUUGAGUCGCAUCAGUUCAAAUUUCACUAGUUCGUCCAACGUUUGAUUGCGGAGAACAGUUUAAGUCAAUUUGCUUUCGCUUUUCUUCAACAACGGUCGAAGUCGUUUUGUUCGCAAUCGAGUUCGCUAUUAUUUACCUUUUUUUUUCAUUAAUUUCAGUCAUUGGCUUUUGUGCUUAACUUAUCCUUUACAUGAUAUUCUAAAUUAUUAGUGUGAAUUCUUGGUGUAUUGCCAGUCAGUAGACCCUAAAAUCAAGCAAGUUUCGCAAAUGUCCCGUUAGAGGAAGAUGCGUAUUUUUAUUGGGUCACGUAUUUAAUUGAAGUGUUUAUUAUCAGACCUUAGCCACAUUUUCGGCCAAGCAGCUAUUGUUAUGCAUUUAUUAAUUUUAUCGAAUCGCAGUAAAUCGCCUAGUUUGAUUUCCCAGAAAACUGUGGUUGAUGAAUUCUUGAUAGAUGGAGACUAAAUGUAUAUUAUAAACAUGCUUUUUUUAAUUUGUCGCGUAACCUAUUUCAGUUAAAGUGUAUAGAUGAUCGAAGUAGUGAAAAAUACAUAAAUACAUACAUACAGGGUGGACAACUACCCGUGCUCUGACGAGACGAUGGACUGUCUUGGUUCUGUGAACCGGUUUUUUACAUCUAUGGAAACUUGAUGGGUUGUUUGCUUUGAGCACGUCGCAUGUUCAUUUCUAUUGAAAAAGUUGACUCCAAAGUAAACAUGCUGACAAGUUCGCCAUUCCGUGAGACUGCUCAGUGUUAGUGAAUCGCAAUUUGGAAGGGAAAAUCGAAACUACUUUUCUAAUUUCAUAUACCAGCGGCCGCGCACACUCGAAUUGUAGUUUUUUAGUUUUAUAUACCACCUAAUGUAUUUUUGUUUCUUAUUUAUAUGUAUUUGUAAGGUCUGUUCUAUAGUUUGUAGAGUUAAAAUAACACUUGAUAUUACUUAGUUUCUUUUUUUUUCCAUUUUAUAUAACUAGGAAUUACCAGUGUAAAUAUAUAACAUUCAAUUUACACAACUUGCAAGUAAUUUUUGGUCUUCAACGUUUGUUAUAAAAGAGUUCCGUUUUUUUUCCUGUUCUGUUGUGUUAAUACGGACACAAUUUUUUGCAUUGAAUAAAAAUGUCAGAUGGUGCAAUUUAA